UUUUACCCACCGCCAUUAAGUCUCAAAGGAGACGUGACGCUCCCCUGAAGAACCCGUUCAGACUCACCUGUCCGGAACCUGCAGACUCAUUCAUGACUGCUCACGUGUUUGUGUUGUACUUUGCUAAGAGCGCGGAGCUGACCGGAGUGAAGCAGGAGGAGAUUGUUGCCGCGCCGACACCAAUCAGCAGCCGGGACCUUUGGAGACUGUUGCUAGAGCGACACCCAAGACUGUCUGUCCUGCAGGAUCAGGUGGUGUUGGCGGUGCGUCAGGAGUACGUUGCCAUUGGCGACCAGGUGGUGACCCUGGGAGACGGGGACGAGGUGGCCGUGGUGCCGCCCCUCAGCGGAGGAUAAAACACCGGG